AUGGGCAAAGAGCGCGCUCGGUCACGUCACUUCGGUACGAGGUGUGAAGAGGAACUGAGGCGAGGAGAGCUCGCGCGGUCGGCCCGCCCGCUCGGCGAGAGGUGCCCGCUCUACCGAACCGAACGCAUCGCAACGAGCGCCAUUGGCUGGUCCCCGGCCAAUCGCCGUGCCCAAUGUUCAGGUAUGAUGUCGGCUUUCGUCUCACUAACAAGGAAUUUAAAU